AUGACUUUAACUAUAGUACCAGAGGCCUUAGAGUACAAGGACCAAGGUAAUAAGUUCGUUGCAUCUAAGGAUUAUGGACAGGCCAUAGAAGCUUAUACGAAGGCAAUCGAGCUUGAUGGAUGCCAAUCGAUCUUCUUCUCCAAUAGAGCACUUGCGAAUCUCAAGCUGGAUAGGUUUCAAAGCGCGCUCGAGGAUAGCUCCAAGGCGAUCGAAUUAGAUUCAAGUAAUGUCAAGGGAUAUCAUAGGCGUGGGAUGGCUUAUGCAGGGUUGCAAGAUUUUAUUUCAGCCAAGCGAGAUCUUGAGGUGGUUCUACGGGUGAAGCCGGGGGAGGCGACAGCCAAACGGACAUUACUAGCUUGUGAAAGAAUGAUACGCCGGGAGCGGUUUGAGAAGGCUAUUAGGGCCUCGGGCGGGAAUGAGGAGCAGCAGCGGUUGUGUAAGACGUUGUCGUUGGAGAUGUUUGCAGGAAAUACGGAUGUUGGUAAAUAUGGAGGAAUAGAGUUAGAAUUGGAGCAGGUUAGAGAUGCGGCAGGCGGAGCAGCAGGCGUGCGGGUGUGCAAUAUGAGCCAAGUGUUCAUAUCUUAUGUGGUUAAUGAAGUGUUCUUGAAGGGCAAACGUCUGCCUAAGGAAUAUGUUGCGGGGAUCAUUUCGCAUGCGGAAAGUCUUUUUGCCGCGGAGCCUACGGUUGUAGAGCUUGAGAGCAGCCGACAUGGGAAGAAGAUUUCGGUUUGUGGAGAUACACAUGGGCAGUUGUAUGAUGUUUUAAACUUGUUUCGGCAGUUUGGCAAGGUUGAUGAGGACCAUACGUAUUUGUUCAAUGGAGAUUUUGUAGACCGAGGGUCUUGGUCUUGUGAGGUUGCGAUUUUGUUUUACUGUCUCAAGAUUUUAUAUCCUGAGAGGUUUUUUCUGAAUCGUGGUAAUCAUGAAACCAACAAUAUGAAUAAAGUGUAUGGUUUUGAGGAUGAAUGCAAGUACAAAUAUUCUCAACGGAUUUUUAAUUUGUUUGCCGAGAGUUUUGAAUCGUUACCUCUUGCGACUGUGAUCAAUGGGGAUUAUUUGGUAAUGCACGGUGGGCUUGUGAGCGAUGCGGAGGUGACGUUAGAGGAUUUAAAGGGUAUUGAUCGGUUUCAUCAACCGCCUCGUGAUGGUGCUUUUAUGGAAUUGUUGUGGUCUGAUCCUCAGGCUGCGGAUGGUUUAGGUCCGUCGCAGCGGGGGCUUGGGUAUGCGUUUGGUCCUGAUGUGACAGCGGCGUUUUUGGCCAAGAAUAAGCUGAAGAAGGUUAUGCGGUCCCACGAAGUACGGAUGGGUGGUGUGCAAUUUGAACACGGCGGUAAACUUAUAACUGUGUUUAGUGCUCCUAACUACUGCGACAUGCAAGGUAAUUUGGGGGGUAUUGUGCACGUUGUUCCAGGAGCAGGAAAUAAAGGUGAAUUGGGCAACGAUGAUGAGGAUUUGUACGUGGAGACCUUUUCUGCUGUGCAGCAUCCGGAUAUAAAACCCAUGGCUUACUCGAAUGGUGGCCUUGGUUUCUAG